AUGGCUUCAGUAACAGAUGCCAGAUACAGGCAGAAAGACACUUCAGAUCAAAAUUUUGAUUACAUGUUCAAACUUCUGAUCAUUGGCAACAGCAGCGUGGGCAAAACAUCCUUCCUCUACCGAUAUGCUGAUGACUCUUUCACACCGGCCUUCGUUAGCACAGUAGGAAUUGACUUCAAAGUGAAAACAGUUUAUAGGAAUGACAAGCGGGUGAAACUGCAGAUUUGGGAUACAGCUGGACAAGAAAGAUACAGGACCAUCACUACAGCCUACUACCGAGGAGCCAUGGGCUUUGUCCUCAUGUAUGAUAUCACCAGUGAAGACUCCUUCAAUGCAGUGCAGGACUGGGCCACACAAAUCAAGACUUACUCCUGGGACAACGCACAAGUGAUCCUGGUCGGAAACAAAUGUGAUAUGGAAGAUGAAAGAAUUGUUCCUGUGGAGAAGGGGAAACUUUUGGCAGAUCAGCUAGGUUUUGACUAUUUUGAAGCUAGUGCCAAAGAAAACAUCAAUGUAAGGCAGGUGUUUGAGCGCCUUGUGGAUAUCAUCUGUGAAAAGAUGUCGGAGAGUAUAGAAUCAGACCCUUCGAGGGGCACUUCUGGAAGGAGCAUGCGGCUCACAGACAACCCACCCCCUUCGCAGCAGAACUGCUCGUGUUAGUGACCUUUCCUCUGAGAAAUGUCCCUCUCCUUUCCUGACUAAAUUUUAUCUUUUCAUUUGUGAUGGUGCAUUAGCAUGUAGUUCCAAAGGCAGAAGUCUCUGCUGUAGGAAACCGAUACGUUUGUUUAAUGUGCUGGAGUGUUUAAUAUUAUGUAUUUCCUUAACCAAUAAUUUAAAAAUCAAAGAUCUGAAUAAAUAUUGUAAGUGCACCUAGUGUUUAUGUGAGUCACACUGAAGAAAAAGAACUGUAUAAUGUUGCAAAUGU